AUGACUCGACUCGUCCACAACGUCCAGAAGAAGCAGCACAAGGAGCGGUCGCAGGUGGCGCUGCGGCAGAAGUAUGGCUUUCUCGAGAAGAAGAAGGACUACCGCCUACGAGCCGCAGACUACCACAAGAAGCAGGCGGCGCUCAAGGCGCUUAAGGAACAGGCGGCCAACUACAACCCCGAUGAGUACUACCAUGCGAUGACCCGGCGUCGUACCGACAACAAGGGCAUUCUUCUCUCCGAGCUGGAGGCGGAGCUGCUCUCGGUCGACCAGGUGAAGUUGUUGAAGCUGCAAGACGUCAACUAUGUGCGGACGAUGCGGUUGCACGAAGCCAAGCGCAUCGCCGCCGAGAAGCAGCAGGUGAUGUUACAGGCUAGCGGCAAGCACACGGUGUUUGUCGACCUGGCCGACGAGCAGCGGAAGUUUGACGCUGCCAAAUACUUCGACACCGACGCCAGUCUCGUUGAGCGGCGGCAAAACCGGCUCCGGCUUGACCAGUUGGAGCUGAAUAAGGGUGUGGUGGCGCAGACGCUUCUGGCCGACACCCGCAAGCAGCAGCAGAAGGAGAAGUUGGCCCACUUGAGACAGUUGAAGCUGAGGUUGGAGCGCGAGCGCCAGUUGAAGGAGGUGGAACAGCGCAUGGACCUCGAGCGCGAGAUGUUGAAGAAAGGGGCGAAGAAGAAGAUUGUCGAGGCCGACGGCACCACGCGGUUCCAGUGGCUGCAGAUCCGCAAGCGGUGA